CUCCGCCGUAGCGCCGCUUCUCUCUCCGCUUACUCCGCCGUAGCGCCGCUCUCCCUCAGGCCUCCGCCCCUCUCGACGAUUAUAGCUCAGAGGCCAUCAUAUCACCCCUGUGUAGCUCCAUAGACUCCGGAAUCCUCAAAUCCCCAAUUCGUUUUCCGGCUGAGGUUAAGAGGACCAAAUCCUUGCUCCGCCCCUGUCCAUAUGGCUGAAAAACCGGAAGAAGAACAACCGAAGACAGAACAAGUGUGCAACUUUUUUCGGAAACCCUCAAAGAACAAAAAUAUACGGAAAAGGGCUCAUGACGACGAUGAUGAAAAAACUGAUGAACAAGAGGAACCCUCUGUUGUGAUCAAUAAGAAAAAGCCUCCUGCACCAGACAAUAGAUUGCAUUUUGCUACCGGAUCGUCUAAGCGAUCCGCAACCUCAGAACAACCUGAGGUAGAUAAAAAAGCAUCAAUUUUUCAGUUUGAUUCUUCCAAAGAAAUUCAAGUUCAGAAUGACAGUAGAGCAACGGCGACACUAGAAACGGAGACAGACUUUUCUAGAGAUGCAAGGGCCAUCCGUGAAAGAGUUCUUAGGCAAGCAGAUGAAGCUUUGAAAGGGAAGAAGGGUAAUGGAGCCAGUGAUGAGAAGUUAUAUAAAGGUAUUCAUGGGUAUACUGAUUAUAAGGCUGGUUUUAGGCGAGAGCAAACUGUUGCUAGUGAGAAAGCAGGUGGAUCUCAUGGACCAUUGAGAGCUUCUGCUCACAUUAGGGUUUCGGCUCGGUUUGAUUACCAGCCAGAUAUUUGCAAGGAUUAUAAGGAGACCGGGUAUUGUGGGUAUGGUGAUUCGUGUAAGUUCAUGCAUGAUCGUGGGGAUUACAAGUCAGGAUGGCAGAUGGAGAAAGAGUGGGAUGAAGCAGAGAAGGCAAGGAAGAGGAAAUUGGCAUUGAAAGGGGAUGACGAUGAUGAUGAUGAGGAUGAUGAGGAUGUUGAAGACGAUGAGGAUGGACUUCCCUUUGCUUGUUUUAUCUGCCGGCAACCGUUUGUUGAUCCUGUUAUGACCAAGUGCAAGCACUAUUUCUGCGAGCAUUGUGCUUUAAAGCACCAUGCAAAGAAGAAAAGAUGUUACGUGUGCAACCAGCCUACGCUUGGGAUAUUCAACACUGCUUUUGAAAUUAAAAAAAGGAUGGCUGCGACAGGGAAAUAGCGAGCAUGCAUUUAUUUUGGCACGGAGGGAGAGCCGACUCAGAUCUUGUUAGAUAACGGUUGUAUGACAGCGAAGAUGAUUGUUUUUUUGUCUUAAUCUUUUUUCAUGGAAGGAAGUAGAUUGCUUUGUUUUCGUAUACUAUUGAAUACUAGUUAUAUGACGAUAAUCCUAGCAACAACCGUGAAUUUGAACUAUGUAAACACCGUCUCAAAAGCCAUCUGCUGGUUCAGUUUCAGUCGGAAUAGAAGUUUUGCACGACAAAACCAGAGAUAUGGGUACAAACCCAACUCAUUGCGAUUGUUCGUAUUUUUUGCAAGAUGGUUCUUUAUGGAAACACCUUAUAUACUCUUUGGGAAUGGAGGACAGAUCUGCGUACAUCUCAUCCUCUUCAAACCCCACCUUCGGGUGAGAUAUAAUAUGCUCAUUAGGUUUGAUUUAUUUAAUAUGUUGAGCCUUGUUUCAUGGCAACUCG